AUGCAGAACUGCCAGGGUAAUGGAAGACCAGACAAGGACUACGAGAACUGGCGGUGGAAGCCCGAUCAGUGCGAUCUACCGCGCUUUGACGCCAGAAAGUUCCUUCAACUGAUGCAGGGCAAGACGCUGGCCUUCAUCGGAGACUCAGUUGCCCGAAAUCAAAUGGAAUCCUUGCUCUGCAUUCUCUGGCAGGUGCAGCAUAUUCACGGAGAAAAAUAUGCUAUUUUAGGAUCAUGAUGCUCAUAGACUCUGCUUUCAUUGCAGGUGGAGGCCCCCAGAAACCGUGGGAACCGCCACAUGCAGCGGUGGUUCUUCCACUCCACCGGCACGGCAAUUAUCCGCAUAUGGUCCUCGUGGCUCGUCCACCACACCAGGGACCCUAUCGAAGACGCCCCCAUGGGGAUCGACAAGCUCCAUCUCGACGUCCCAGAUGAGUUCUUCAUGGAGCACAUACCGAAAUUCGACGUUGUGGUGCUCUCCUCCGGCCACUGGUUCGCCAAGCAGUCGGUCUACGUCCUUAACGGCACCGUCGUCGGCUGGCAGCUAUGGCGGCCGCCCGGCAGAUCCCAGAAGAUGGCGGUCGACAACAUGGCGGCCUACGGCAUAUCGGUGGAGACGGCACUGACAGCCAUGGCCAAGCACCCGAAUUACACCGGCCUGACGAUCGUCCGAUCCUACUCCCCCGACCACUACGAAGGCGGCGCAUGGAACACCGGCGGGUCCUGCACCGGCAAGGUCGAGCCCGCCGCGCAGGUGGUGAGGAAUGGGUUCACCGACGGCAUGCACCGGCGGCAGGUGAGCAGCUUCAGGAGGGCGGUGGAGAAGACGACUGGCGCAUCCAAGUUUAAGCUGAUGGACAUCACUGAGGGCUUUGGCUACCGGCAUGAUGGGCACCCUGGGCCCUAUCGGAGUCCAGACCCAAACAAGAUCACCUGGCGGGGCCCCGACGGUCGACCGCCGAGCCAGGACUGCCUGCACUGGUGCAUGCCCGGGCCGGUGGACACUUGGAAUGAGCUGGUGCUGGAGAUCCUCCGCAGAGAAUUUGACAGCCCCUGA